AUGCCUACGUCAGAAGCAUCCUUCUCUGUUGAGGAAGAGGACGCGAUUGUAACGUUGAUAGUUGUUGUGUUCGGCAUUAUUGUUGCCAUGGUGGUGCUGUUCUCGAUGAGUAUUUUCAUAGACUGCAAAUAUCAGAAGCAAGAUUCUAUAAAGAAAAAAAGACUAAGACUGAAAAUGCUACCGUUUACACGAAGAGGCCGGAAAGAUGACGCGAAAGCCUUAGCUUCAAAUAUGUAUCCCAAUGCCGUUACUGGAUCCAAGGAUCGGGACGAUAUAGUUUGAUAUUUAUAAAAGAAUUAUAUAGAAAAUUCAUAAGAAUUACGAUAGAUACUUCAU